AUGGAACCCUCGAUCGAGAAACAGGUUUCCCCACCGGCCAUCCCGUCGGCCGAUGUCGAGAUUCCAACUGUUGUCAACCCGACCAUCGGGCCCGCCCGUGACAUUCCAGUCGCCGACACUGCAUCGACACCUACCGCUGCCUCUAGUCCAAGAAGCUCCAUCCGUUCUUUGGCGAUGGAUUCGACAGCAACGCCGGUAUCUAACCCAACACUAGAGCUGGAGCCAGAAUUGGCAAAGGAACACGAACAAGGUCUGGAACAGACCCAAGAUUCAACGUCGACGCUACGACCAACAUCCGAGCCCGAGUCCCUACACGAGUCCGAACCUCAGUCGAACGAAACCCUCUCUCCUAUCGACGAGAACACCUUGAAACUGGCAGAUGCCGUUGUCACCGAUACAACAGUAGAAAAGCCUGCAGAAGACAAACAAGAAGUCGCCAGUCCGGUGCCCGAGGCGUUUGCACCCAACGUCCCUGGCAGCGUGACGCCCAAGAUGGCCCACGAUUCUAUGGUCACUGUCAGGCUGUCGGAGCCGCCCACACUGACUCUUGAUACAUCGGUGCUGCUCGAGGAUGCCACAACACUGCGACGACCCAGCACAGUACGGUUCGACAAGACGCCCCUCGCUCAUGUGGUCGAGCGAGAUGACAGCCUCGACGAGGUAUCGAGCGACCCUGCUACGCCACUUCCGCCAACGAACUGUGCCCGAAGCAUCGAAGAGGAACUGAUGGAUGCGAAGGCUGAAAGUUGCGUGGAAUCACCCGCGGACGACAAAGAUCACAAUGCAAAGGCUCGCCGCUCGUCUAUUUCGGAAGAGGUCGACUGGGAACAGCUGCAAAAGACGGAAGCCGAGGAGCCAAAGGACGACGAGACGGACAAGUCCACGGCAAUGCUGCUCGCGAUGCUCGAAAAGGAGAACGACUUGUUGGCUACUAACCCCAAGAGUGUCAAGGUGCAGGCUGUCGAGCAAUUAUCGAACCAGCAGCGCGUGAGACCCCCUUCGAUGGCACAGCUGCGAGAUAUGGUCAAUGGACCUCAACCUUCCGCCCUUCGAUAUUCCAUGCUGCCACCUCCUCCAAUGACCGACCUCGAGUUUUAUGCUGCGCUCGUCAAAGACUACCAGCAGACCGCCGCCAGGCUGCCGACACUUCUUUCCAAUAAGAUCCGCAAAGGCAUUCCGCCUCCGCUGCGCGGCGUCGUGUGGCAGAGCAUGUCGGGCGCUUGCGACGCAUCCUUGGAAGAGCAGUUCGAGCGGUUCUCGGGCGAGUCGAGCCCGUAUGAGCCGAUGAUCGGCAAGGAUCUCGGACGGAGCUUCCCCGGCGUUGACAUGUUCCGCGAUCCGGAGGGUGACGGCCAGCGUAUGCUCGGCAGGGUGCUCAAGUGCUUUAGUCUCUACGACCAGAAGAUUGGCUACUGUCAAGGGCUGGCCUUCCUUGUUGGCCCUCUGCUCAUGCACAUGCCCGACAAGCAGGCAUUCUGCGUCUUGGUCCGAUUGAUGGAACGAUAUGAUCUGCGCAGCUGUUUCCUUCCCGACCUGUCAGGACUGCACGUCCGCAUCUACCAAUUUCGGGAGCUGUUGCGCGAGAAUCUGCCCCUGUUGUCGGGACACAUGGAAGAUCUACAAGUUGACCCGGCAUACGUUUCACAGUGGUUCCUCAGCUUCUUCGCGACAACAUGUCCCCUGCCAAUGCUGUUUCGCAUCUACGAUGUCAUCUUUGCAGAGGGCGCCCCGGAGACCCUCAUGCGUGUCGCCUUGUCGCUCAUGCGCAAAAAUCAAUCCCGCAUCCUGGGCUGCAGCGAGUUCGAGGAUGUCAUGCAACUUCUCCUGUCUCGUGGCCUCUGGGAUUGCUAUCACUACAACGCCGAUGAGUUCGUCCAAGACUUUGUCAGCUUGACCGGCGUUGUCAGCCGAGGAAAACUACUGCAGCUCGAGCAGGGGUACAUGGAGGAGAAGAUUGCGACGGCCAAUGCGGCACGCACAUCAGAUGUGACCACUGCCGCCUCCCGAUUCUUGGGCCGCAUAUGGGCCACGUCUUCUACGAAAUCAUCCAACCUGAGCCCUGGUCUAAGUGCCGCCUCGCGACCAAUGAGUAUUUUACGACGCAGCACCUCGAAGCAGAGCCUUGCCUCGACUCUCAACUCGAUGGAAGCCAGCUCAGCCAGUGUGUUGAGCUCAACUUCCACCGACGCGACUGGGGUUUCUCGGGACUCGUCAACUACGACUGCCGAUGAUGGCGCCUCGAUCAAACCCAGCAAUAGCACGAACCAUAAAAACACCGAGGAGAGGAACCUCCACAACCAGAUCGAGGAUCUCCUCACCGCCCUCAGCGAGCUGCAACGGAACAACGCAUUGUUGGCGUCAGACCUGCAACAGGAGCGUGAGCAGCGUGAAGAAGACAAGCGAGCCGUCCGGUCGCUGCUCGACGGCCUCCGCAAGAAAGCCAGCAAUGAUUCGGUUGGGACUGAUGCAAGCCUCGAGACUGUCAAGGCCAAUGAGAGCACAGAUGCUGGGCAGCAAGACGAAGAAGCCGACAAGAGGAACAGCACCUUGGAUGCUGAAUCAAAGACCCCCACCGCCGACGACCUCUCUCAACUAUUGGAUGUUGUCGAACAAAGAUUCGCCCUGCCGCAAGUGACCGCACGGCACCGUUCUUCAACCAUUCAGUCUAGAACGUCGCUGCGCGAUGAGCUUAGCCAUGCCAAAGAUCAACUUGCCAAUGCCAUGUCUCAGUCUCAGGACUACGGGAGAAGGAUAUAUGACUUGGAUCAGGAGGUAUCAGCUCUGAAGGAACAAGUCAAGGAGAGCCAUGCUCACACCCGGGCCCUGCAUCAGGAUAAACAAAGGCUAGAGAGGCAGAUCCUCAACAUGCGGGUGCGGGCUUCUGCUGUUGAGGUCGACGACCGCGCUAACGUGGCGGCCCAUCCGCACACGAGCACGUCCAACAUGGGCGAGUGGCCCAAGGCGGCGACGGGUGCUGCUGGAGGACUUCGCGAGUUGAAGCUCGGCAGAAGUAGGUCAACACCAUCGCAAGCCGGAUCGGCGUUCGGCAAGAGAACAUCGUCGCUCCCCAAGCCUCACGAUUCAACGAUUCCUACGGUUUCCACGCCAUCACCCCCGGUCAGCGACCAUGAAGCGCUUUUGCUGGAACUCGUGCAGGCCAAGACAUCUGAGGCCAUUGCCAGACAAGAGGCAGACGAGUCAAAAUUGAAGCUCGAGAGCCUUCGAAAGGCGUAUGGUCUGGCACCAGGGGACACACCACCAGUUUCUCAAGCACCAUCGGCUGCUUCGGCUGCCAUGGGUGUCUUUGGCCGCUUCACAGGCGGAGAUGCCACGAAGGCUGCUGCGGCGCCCGCUGUGACGACACCACCUAUCGAGCAGAGACCCGCUCAACAAACCCAGGCUGGAGGGUUCUGGGGCUGGCGACGGGCCUAG